AUGCUUGUAUGGAUAUCACAUAUGAAUAAUGAUUAUGUUAUUCAUAUGUAUUGUUGUGAUCCACGACAAAUAACAGAUAAAACAUGCAAAUGUGAUUUUGUUAAAUCUUUUCCAGAUAUUUAUACUCAUUUACGAGUAGCACUAGAAAAACAAGGUAUUCAAUUACGACGUCUGAUUAAUAUUCCAAAUACUUUCAAAGCAUUACCAGAUCUUAGUGUUUCCAGAUUUAUACCAACUGAUGUUGGUACUGAUCCAAGAGAAAAUCGAUAUUUUAAUAUGGUUAAACAAACAUUUGAUUAUGAUCCAAAUGGCAUUUUUGUACGUACGUGGUGUCAUGAAUUAGCUCGACUAUCGAAUGAAUAUAUUUAA